AUGUCAGCCUCACAGGUAUUGCAGGCUCGCAAUGAGGUCACUGCCAAACUAUAUGCCGACCCUCACAAUCCUCAUCGCCACUUGGAACGAGGAAUUCUCUAUGAGAAGCUAGGUUUUCCAGACCUCGCUUCUGCAGACGCAUACCGUGCGUUGGCUUUGCUGGAGUCUGUCAUUGACCCAGAUGAGUGUGAAUUUCAUGCCAAACGAAAGGUGGAUCUUCCCAAGACUGAAAAAGAGACCAAUGACUCUGAUUCAGAGUCAGAGGAGGAAGACGAUACAGUCCCCAUCACCCAAGAAGAAUACGACGCAAUCAUAGACAAAGUCUAUGUCCUACUGGUUAGCAGUCUAGUCCAGUGUGGCUGCUAUCGCGAUGCCUUUGAAUUCGGCGUUCGUGGUUUGGCUCUACUCAAAGCCAACCCAUCAGCAGUAGCCUUGCUCGACACGCAAAUGGAGCGCGUUAAAGAAAUUUAUGAAUCCCGCACAGGUUCGAAGGCAGAACUGGCUUCCAUCAACCCAAGACAACUUCCAGGCCAAGGCUUUGCCCGCCGCGUACUCUAUCCGUGGAAUGAGCACGAGCCCGAUCGCCGCUCCCCAGAGACCCUGAGCAUGCUUAACGAGCGACUGUCGGUCAUCGCGCCAAAAUGCGAGGUCCGAGCCGUUUCAUUGCCAGUCCUGCACGCCACGGCAGAUGACAACAUGGAUGUUUCCAUCCAGUUGGGUCUUUUCGCGAAAGAAGACAUCUCGCCUGACGAGAUCAUCCUCCGCGAAUCAUCUCUGCUGACCGCCACCAACCGUCUCCACGACGAUCUCUGUGAUGCUUGCAAUGCACCGCUCCCAGAUCUAUCAGCAGCAGAGCCACCUGUCGCCUGUGAAGGCGGCUGCGUGGAUAUCAUCUUCUGCAGCCAAGCCUGCCACGACACAGCCCAGGAAGUUUACCACGGAGCAAUUUGUGGAUUGGAAGAUGGCCUCGAUUCCAUCGGCAAGGACAUCGCCGAUCCCAAAGACAAAGCAGACUACCUGUACCUGCUACUCGUUGGACGCGCCCUCGCCAUGUCAGCCACACAGGAAAAGCACGCGCUUGACCUGCCAGAGGUGAAAUACAUCUGGGGCGAUUUCCACGACUACGACCUCGAGUCACCUGGGUCGUCUGAAGAAGCCACGCUGCCAUUCUCGUUUCAGCUGAACGUUCUCCAGCCGGAGCGGAUUCUCGACGAAAUGGGUCUUGACCCGUACGUUGAGCUGCACCGCUUCGAUACCUGGGUUUUGAAUACAUUGUAUGCGAAAUUCCGCGGCACCGCGUCUGGUCGGUUAAGUACGUGGGAUGGUGGCCCAGAGCUGUGCGCUGUUCACCCACUCUGGUGUUUGGCGAACCAUUCGUGUGACCCGAACGUGACGUGGGAGUGGAGUAGUGAGAUCAAUUUCCGAGCGAGACGGGAUGAUGAAACAGCGGUUUGGGCUAGAGAGGGCGAGGUCAAGGAUCUCAGGCCUGGGGGCAUUGCUAAGGACCAGGAGAUCCUGAACCACUAUUGUGAUAUUGCAUUGCCGGUGGUGAAGAGGAGAGAGUGGGCUUCUGGAGCUUUGGGAGGAACUUGUUUGUGUGAUCGGUGUGUUUGGGAGGCUGGAGAGGUUUAG